CUAACGGAUCUCCAAUCUUUGCCUGGGGUCGAUAGAUGGCAUCAAUGGCUACAUUUUCUUCUUGGACGGCCAUGCCCUCAGAUGUCUGUGCCAGAAGUUAUGCGAGGAACCAAGUUCCUUACCCUGUUUGAGAAAAUGUAAAAUGUUCCUCAUUUUUCUGCAAUUCAGUAAAAUUUUUAAAUGUGAUAUAUUUUAUUGCGAGUUUGUUGCAAUAAGUUUCUUUUCACUCAAAUAAUGCUUUAAAUUAAAAAAAGAAUAAAAAAUCAGAAAAAAAUUUCAAAAAAAUUUUCCACUCGAAAAUUUCAUAAGGGGUACCCCUUGCCAUUUUUUUGAGAAAUUUAGCAAAAUUUAAAAAUUUGUUUUAUUUUAAUGCGAAAUUGUUGCAAUUAGUUCCUUUUCACUCAAACAAUGCUUUAAAUUAAAAAAAGGUAAAAAAUAAUGAAAAAAAUUGAAAAAAUCUAUAAAUUUGUCAAUCCACUAAGGCUCAUUUUCGCCCCAAGUUUUGCCUAUAACUCGGUCGGUAUCUAACGGAUCUCCAAUCUUUGCCUGGGGUCGAUAGAUGGCAUCAAUGGCUACAUUUUCUUCUUGGACGGCCAUGCCCUCAGAUGUCUGUGCCAGAAGUUAUGCGAGGAACCAAGUUCCUUACCCUGUUUGAGAAAAUGUAAAAUUUUCCUCAUUUUUGCACCAAAUUUUGCCUAUAACUCGGUCGGUAUCUAACGGAUCUCCAAUCUUUGCCUGGGGUCGAUAGAUGGCAUCAAUGGCUACAUUUUCUUCUUGGACGGCCAUGCCCUCAGAUGUCUGUGCCAGAAGUUAUGCGAGGAACCAAGUUCCUUACCCUGUUUGAGAAAAUGUAAAAUGUUCCUCAUUUUUCUGCAAUUCAGCAAAAUUUUUAAAUGUGAUAUAUUUUAUUGCGAGUUUGUUGCAAUAAGUUUCUUUUCACUCAAAUAAUGCUUUAAAUUAAAAAAACAAUAAAAAAUCAGAAAAAAAUUUCAAAAAAAUUUUCCACUCGAAAAUUUCAUAAGGGGUACCCCUUGCCAUUUUUUUGAGAAAUUUAGCAAAAUUUAAAAAUUUGUUUUAUUUUAAUGCGAAAUUGUUGCAAUUAGUUUCUUUUCACUCAAACAAUGCUUUAAAUUAAAAAAAGGUAAAAAAUAAUGAAAAAAAUUGAAAAAAUCUAUAAAUUUGUCAAUCCACUAAGGCUCAUUUUCGCACCAAGUUUUGCCUAUAACUCGGUCGGUAUCUAACGGAUCGCCAAUCUUUGCCUGUGGUCGAUAGAUGGCAUCAAUGGCUACAUUUUCUUCUUGGACGGCCAUGCCCUCAGAUGUCUGUGCCAGAAGUUAUGCGAGGAACCAAGUUCCUUACCCUGUUUGAAAAAAUGUAAAAUGUUCCUCAUUUUUGCACCAAAUUUUGCCUAUAACUCGGUCGGUAUCUAACGGAUCUCCAAUCCUUGCCUAUGGUCGAUAGACGGCAUCAAUGGCUACAUUUUCUUCUUGGACGGCCAUGCCCUCAGAUGUCUGUGCCAGAAGUUAUGCGAGGAACCAAGUUCCUUACCCUGUUUGAGAAAAUGUAAAAUGUUCCUCAUUUUUCUGCAAUUCAGCAAAAUUUUUAAAUGUGAUAUAUUUUAUUGCGAGUUUGUUGCAAUAAGUUUCUUUUCACUCAAAUAAUGCUUUAAAUUAAAAAAAGAAUAAAAAAUCAGAAAAAAAUUUCAAAAAAAUUUUCCACUCGAAAAUUUCAUAAGGGUACCCCUUGCCAUUUUUUUGAGAAAUUUAGCAAAAUUUAAAAAUUUGUUUUAUUUUAAUGCGAAAUUGUUGCAAUUAGUUUCUUUUCACUCAAACAAUGCUUUAAAUUAAAAAAAGGUAAAAAAUAAUGAAAAAAAUUGAAAAAAUCUAUAAAUUUGUCAAUCCACUAAGGCUCAUUUUCGCCCCAAGUUUUGCCUAUAACUCGGUCGGUAUCUAACGGAUCUCCAAUCUUUGCCUAUGGUCGAUAGAUGGCAUCAAUGGCUACAUUUUCUUCUUGGACGGCCAUGCCCUCAGAUGUCUGUGCCAGAAGUUAUGCGAGGAACCAAGUUCCUUACCCUGUUUGAGAAAAUGUAAAAUGUUCCUCAUUUUUGCACCAAAUUUUGCCUAUAACUCGGUCGGUAUCUAACGGAUCUCCAAUCUUUGCCUAUGGUCGAUAGAUGGCAUCAAUGGCUACAUUUUCUUCUUGGACGGCCAUGCCCUCAGAUGUCUGUGCCAGAAGUUAUGCGAGGAACCAAGUUCCUUACCCUGUUUGAGAAAAUGUAAACUGUUCCUCAUUUUUCUGCAAUUCAGCAAAAUUUUUAAAUGUGAUAUAUUUUAUUGCGAGUUUGUUGCAAUAAGUUUCUUUUCACUCAAAUAAUGCUUUAAAUUAAAAAAAGAAUAAAAAAUCAGAAAAAAAUUUCAAAAAAAUUUUCCACUCGAAAAUUUCAUAAGGGGUACCCCUUGCCAUUUUUUUGAGAAAUUUAGCAAAAUUUAAAAAUUUGUUUUAUUUUAAUGCGAAAUUGUUGCAAUUAGUUCCUUUUCACUCAAACAAUGCUUUAAAUUAAAAAAAGGUAAAAAAUAAUGAAAAAAAUUGAAAAAAUCUAUAAAUUUGUCAAUCCACUAAGGCUCAUUUUCGCACCAAGUUUUGCCUAUAACUCGGUCGGUAUCUAACGGAUCGCCAAUCUUUGCCUGUGGUCGAUAGAUGGCAUCAAUGGCUACAUUUUCUUCUUGGACGGCCAUGCCCUCAGAUGUCUGUGCCAGAAGUUAUGCGAGGAACCAAGUUCCUUACCCUGUUUGAGAAAAUGUAAAAUUUUCCUCAUUUUUGCACCAAAUUUUGCCUAUAACUCGGUCGGUAUCUAACGGAUCUCCAAUCUUUGCCUGGGGUCGAUAGAUGGCAUCAAUGGCUACAUUUUCUUCUUGGACGGCCAUGCCCUCAGAUGUCUGUGCCAGAAGUUAUGCGAGGAACCAAGUUCCUUACCCUGUUUGAGAAAAUGUAAAAUGUUCCUCAUUUUUCUGCAAUUCAGCAAAAUUUUUAAAUGUGAUAUAUUUUAUUGCGAGUUUGUUGCAAUAAGUUUCUUUUCACUCAAAUAAUGCUUUAAAUUAAAAAAAGAAUAAAAAAUCAGAAAAAAAUUUCAAAAAAAUUUUCCACUCGAAAAUUUCAUAAGGGGUACCCCUUGCCAUUUUUUUGAGAAAUUUAGCAAAAUUUAAAAAUUUGUUUUAUUUUAAUGCGAAAUUGUUGCAAUUAGUUCCUUUUCACUCAAACAAUGCUUUAAAUUAAAAAAAGGUAAAAAAUAAUGAAAAAAAUUGAAAAAAUCUAUAAAUUUGUCAAUCCACUAAGGCUCAUUUUCGCCCCAAGUUUUGCCUAUAACUCGGUCGGUAUCCAACAGAUCGCCAAUCUUUAACCUAUGGUCGAUAGAUGGCAUCAAUGGCUACAUUUUCUUCUUGGACGGCCAUGCCCUCAGAUGUCUGUGCCAGAAGUUAUGCGAGGAACCAAGUUCCUUACCCUGUUUGAGAAAAUGUAAAAUGUUCCUCAUUUUUCUGCAAUUCAGCAAAAUUUUUAAAUGUGAUAUAUUUUAUUGCGAGUUUGUUGCAAUAAGUUUCUUUUCACUCAAAUAAUGCUUUAAAUUAAAAAAAGAAUAAAAAAUCAGAAAAAAAUUUCAAAAAAAUUUUCCACUCGAAAAUUUCAUAAGGGGUACCCCUUGCCAUUUUUUUGAGAAAUUUAGCAAAAUUUAAAAAUUUGUUUUAUUUUAAUGCGAAAUUGUUGCAAUUAGUUCCUUUUCACUCAAACAAUGCUUUAAAUUAAAAAAAGGUAAAAAAUAAUGAAAAAAAUUGAAAAAAUCUAUAAAUUUGUCAAUACACUAAGGCUCAUUUUCGCCCCAAAUUUUGCCUAUAACUCGGUCGGUAUCUAACGGAUCUCCAAUCUUUGCCUGGGGUCGAUAGAUGGCAUCAAUGGCUACAUUUUCUUCUUGGACGGCCAUGUCCUCAGAUGUCUAUGCCAGAAGUUAUUCGAGGAACCAAGUUCCUUACCCUGUUUGAGAAAAUGUAAAAUUUUCCUAAUUUUUAGCAAUUUAGCAAAAUUUAUAAAUGUGAUAAAUUUUAAUGCGAAUUUGUUGCAAUAAGUUUCUUUUCACUCAAAUAAUGUUUUAAAUUAAUAACAGAAUAACCUCUUACCUCUUUCGUAGUAUGUUCGCUUGGUAGCAAAAUACAGAAAGUCGUUCGUUUUCGUGCAAUGAUCGUUUGCGACAUUCGACGUGGAGGAAUAUUAUGAAGUUGGAGCAAGAAAUGCACUGUUGUUGAAUAACAAAGUUUGUAAAAUGAUUUAAAAUUAUGAAAACUUUUAACACAGGUUUAAACUGCGUAUUUAUUGGGGAAUUUCGGUUGUAUUUAUUGUUCUUUCGAAUGAAAUGUCAACGUUUGAGGUUGCUUGUAAACACGAUUUUGACAACAGCUUUAAACAACAUCGAAAACGCGUCAACAUCGAAACCGGUCAGGUAAAGAACAAUUUCGUUUUAAAUGCUUCGACAGUGAACGUAUCGGCUUAAUCUUUCGUUUGAAGAGAUGAAAGAAUGCUAUAAGAAAUCAAAACAACAAAACAACAACCUUUCGUUUGGUGCAUGAAUACUCAUCCUUCACAAUGUGCGACGCGAUUGAGUCUGCCUUCGUAGCAAUCAGCCGAUUAGCGUCCGGUACGGAAAUCACGUACAAUCUGGAUUCCACUCUCUUUCCCACUGAUGGUUUGCGUCCCGGUGAAUUGGUGGAAAUCAGUGGCGAAUCAAACAGUGGAAAGUCUUUGCUGUGUCACGAGUUGAUCGCCCGUAUCGUACUACCCGCGAACUGCGGUGGUCUGGAGCUCGGUGCCGUGCUGAUUGACUGUGAGAACAGCUACAGUGAAGUGAUGCUAUUGAGCAUCAUGGAAAAACAUAUCCAGAACCAAGCGGAACCGGCACUGGCCCGCACGCUUGCCGAUCCUCAACAGAUGGAGCGCAUUCAGCAAACUGCAUUAAAACGGCUCCAUCUGGUCGUGUGCUACUCAUUGGAACAGUUUGAAUUUUCGCUGCUUGCCCUACCGUCCCUGUUCGUGAAGCAUCCCGAGGUAACGUUCGUACUGAUCGAUUCGAUAGCGACAUUCUACUGGACGAAGUGUACGGCCAAGAAUCUCAUCCGCCAGGACACGUACCAGCGGGCACAUUGCAAAACGCUGAGAAGGCUUGCCUCCAAGUGGAAAAAAGUGAUCCUUCUCACGAGACCGACUCACUUCGGAAGUAGGCAAGGGUUGUGGCGCGAUUUCGAAACAACCGGUUCGAUGGUGGACGUUUCAGCAUCAUCACAGUUAACAGUUUCCUUCCCGGACCAUCCGCCAGUGUCCGUGAGCACACCGCCGAUCGUUAGAAGCUUGAUUGAUCAUCGAAUUGAACUGUGCGAAACAGAUAAUCCGAGCCCUGCCGCCAGCAGAGCAAGUGAUGGAGACGAUCAGCGAUUCAAUGCGUUCGUCACGAUGGGAGACAAGCGACAGUACGUGCGGUUCUACUUGAUAGAUGAGUUCGGAUUUAACUGGUUGGAAGCUUGAAGCGGAAGGGAAGAUUCUCAUCCGGCCUUACAAACUAAAAUAUAGGGAACAAUAAAACUAACCGAAACAUCAUUUA